GAUUGCGUUCUCAGCUGGAGGAUAAUCAAAGAGUGCGUCCGCAGGCUGCUGGAACUAAAUAUACACACUUUUCCUUUGUUUCAACAAACUUGAGUGCAACUGAGGCUGCCCUUGGACUCAGGGGUGUGUGUGUGUUAAACAUGGGGGACCAGAGGUCAGUCCAGCCCCUGCUGCUUCUGCUGCUGCUCCUCACGCUCCUCGCCAGGAUGUCACAGCUGUGGGCCUUCCCCUUCAGCCCAUCCCUGGACCUGGAUGUCACUCCCAGGACUACUGUCUUCCUGAAAGGUCUGUUGGGCAGCACCCGUUUCUCCGGCGCCUCCCAGAACUACAGCACCCUGCUGCUGGAGGUGGAGGCCGGGCUGCUGUACGUGGGAGGGAGAGGAGCCCUGUACGCGCUCAACACCUCCGACAUCUCCACACCUGCAAACCUCACGAUUGAUUGGGAUGCUUCCCCCGAGCAGAAGAAACAGUGUCUCAACAAAGGAAGAGACAACAAGACAGAGUGUUACAAUCACAUCCGCUUCCUGCAGCGGUACAAUGAGACUCACCUGUACGCCUGCGGGACAAACGCCUUCAGACCUCUUUGUGCUUAUAUUGAUGCAGAGCGCUUCAGCUUCUCCUCAGGCUUUGACGAGGGCAGAGACAGGUGUCCUUAUGACCCAGCUAAGGGAUACACGGGCCUCCUCGUAGACGGCGAGAUGUUCACGGCGUCUCAGUACGAGUUUCGAAGCUCUCCAGACGUGCGCAGAAACUUCCCCUUCCCCACGCUCAGGACGGAGGAGGCCCCCACCAGGUGGCUUCUGGAUGCAGACUUUGUGGGCUCGGCGCUGCUGAAGGAGAGCAUCAACAGCUCCAUCGGCGACGACGACAAGAUUUACUUCUUCUUCACGGAGAGGAGUCAGGAGCAGAUCGCCUACCCGAGCCAGACCAAGGUGUCGCGCAUCGCUCGAGUCUGCAAGACGGACUGGGGCGGUCAGAGGACCCUGCAGAGGAAGUGGACCACCUUCCUGAAGGCCAGGAUGGUGUGUUCGGUCCCCGAAUACGAGCUGCACCUCAACAUCCUGCGCAGUGUGUUCGUCCUGCAGGGUCGAGACGCUCAGAGCAGCGUCUUCUACGGCGUCUUCGGACUGGAAUGGAAGAACAUCAAAGCGUCUGCGAUCUGCCAGUACGCCUUCUCAGAUGUGCAGAGGGCUUUCGAGGGGCCGUACAUGGAGGUGCAGGACUCGAAGUGGAGGGAGUACACGGGGAAAGUCCCGGAGCCGAGACCUGGAUCUUGUAUAACAGAUCUGCACAGGUCCAAGGGCAUCAACUCCUCUCGAGAUCUCCCCGACAACGUCCUCACUUUCGCCAGAAGGCACCCACUCAUGGCCAGUCAGGUGCACCCCAUAGGAGUGCGCCCACUCAUGUUCAAGAGGAGCGUCAACUAUGUCAAGAUCGUCGUGCACAAGGAGCCGGCGCUGGAUGGGAAAGUUUACACCGUUCUGUUUUUGGGAACAGAUGACGGCUGGCUGCACAGAGCUGUAGACAUUGAUGGAGAAAUGCACAUAAUGGAAGAGCUGCAGCUGUUUGAUACACCUCAGCCCAUAGAGAGCAUGGUCUUAUCCUCCACUCUGCGGAGCAUCUACGUCGGCUCCCGCUCUGGAGUCGUGCAGGUGGCCAUGUCGGCCUGUCAGAGGUACACUUCCUGUUAUGACUGCGUGUUCGCCAGAGACCCGUUCUGCGGCUGGGACGGGAGGCAGUGUGUGGAAAUCUCUUCACGUGCACAGAGGUCAAAUAUAACCCAGGACAUCUCGAGAGGGAUCAGAGGCUGCAAGGAGAAUUCAGGAAAUGUGGUUCAUCGAAGGCGCUCUGUGAUGUCAGGCGACGAUGUGCUACUCCAGUGCGAGCUGCGGUCCAACCUGGCGACCCCGCGCUGGACUCUUAACGGCAAAGAACUGCAGGGAUACGGACUCAAUUCGGGCUACCGCAUCGGCACAGACGGCCUCCUCAUCAUCGGCGCUCGAGCCCAGCAGAGCGGCUCGUACCGCUGCUUUGCCGUCGAGAACUCCGUCUCGGUUUUGGUGUAUUUUUACACGGUCAAGGUGCACACCGACCCGUACUUCCCCGUGGAGCCGACGGCAACGACAAACCCCACGACGGCGUCCAGCCCAACAGGUUUCUCCACAACCACGCCCACCGAGCAGCCCCUCCCCUCGCCUCCGGCCCCGAUGCCGUCAAGACCGGAGUAUCAGACCUACAGGCACAUGGAGGCGGUGUACAUUUCCCUCGUGGCGGUCCUCGGAGGGCUCUGCCUGGUGCUGAGCGUGGUGUUGCUUUACAUCAGCUUCUGCAGCAGACGAGCAGGCGCUCAGGACCGGAAGUUCUCCCAGCAGGGGCUGCAGAUCUUAGGGGGCUCCGAAAGAAAAAGGAGCUCCCACCUCGAACUGAAAACCAUCUCCAGCCACUGCAACGGCCGCCAGGGUCGCCGCUCCAUCUCCGUGCCGUCCUUCGGGGACAUGGGCGACGGGUUCAUCCAGAUAGUUCCAGGCGAGGGCGGGUUCUCUCCAUGCAAAACGCCCCCCCCUGCACCUCCUCUCCCAAUGCCGCCCCCUCUUCCCAACGUGGACUACGCGAACGGGCUCUCUGCCACGCUGCCCAGCGUGCUGAGGAAGAUGAACGGGAACAGCUACGUACUGUUGCGGCAGGCCGAUCCGGACGGCAUGUCCCCGCUUUACCACUCCUUCACAGAGGAGCUCAACAGGAUCCUGGAGAAGAGGAAACACACACAGCUGGACUUGCAGCCCGAUGAGAGCUCCAUCUAGGACAAUCGCUCAGUUUGUUUGUACCACUGUUAUUUAUUUUUUAACCCCAAUGGUGACCCAUCAGGUUGUGGGGAGUAUCAACUGUUGUAUCCAACGCUGCUGUCAUUUAUCCAGUGUCAGAGUUCCUGCAGUUUCCUAACUGAUUGGAGAUGUGCAGCUUCCCGUGUCUCCCAAAUUUCACUUCAAGAAGGUCAAAGUUGGAGCUGUGAAAAUAUCUACCAAUCGACUGCACGGUUACAAAUAACACCGGGUAGAGCGCUAAAGGAUGCUACCUCAGUGUAGACUCUCUGGAGACUUGAGAAAAAAUGCCGGUAGGAUGAUGAAAAAAAACGUGCAAAAGGAGCUAAAUGGGACAUGGAUACAGAAAUAAAUCAGGCCAGGAGGUAUUCAUGAAAGUUUCCAGACUUUUUUUAGUGCAAUGUAUUAUAACGCUUCUAUGGAGCUUCAAGUGAUAACACCUCCUGAAAUCUAUCUUUUGUGCAUUGUUACACGGCUAAGAAUAUUUCCUGCCUUCUGCCUAACUUAACCCCCCCCCCCCCGAAACCUGACAGCAAAUCCAGCACAAAGUUUUUUUGUGGUAGCUGUUUCGUCGUGGUAGACCUCCCCCUGGUUUCGGGAAUUUCAGUGUUCCAUUUACGACCAAAAGUUGUUACACAGUCAGGAACAAUUGGGACGACGGAAUUGGCGAGCAUCCCCAUCCACUGGUGUGUGGAUACGGCGGCUAAUGAGGAAGCUACCCGUCUACCUGAGUGACUCUCGGUUCCUCCGACGAACUCACUCAUCCAUCACGUUUAAUGACGAUGUUAUUUUAUGUGUAUGUGAGCAUCCAACAAGAUGGACAAGCAGAGAAGAAGAUGAUGCUACACGAUGGUUGGCAUCAUUUCAUAUUUUGACAUGUAAGACUUUUUUAAUCGAACCCAUUGUUAGGCUGCGAGUACUGUAACAUUUGUUUUCUUGAUUAAUUCAUAUCACAAUUAUUGCCGUUCAUUUUUUAUCUGAAAUUGAGGAAAAUUGUUAAGAAUUUCAAUCAUAAUUGCCAAGAGCCAAGGCGAUAUUUUUCGAGGUGGUGGUAUCGGUGAACAACAAUGUACAACAUUCAAAUAUGAAAAGCUUACUAUGUGACUUUUAGAGCAGAUUUCAAACCAAACAAAUGUUCUCCUUGGACACACUUCCUGUAUCCCUCAGCUCCACACUUCCUCUGUCCUCCUUUCCUGCUCAACAGACAGACUCUUCAGGCCAAAGAAAUUAUUUUCUGAGGUUUGGAAAGUCUAGUUAGUUGUACUCUGAUGUGGACACUCCCUCAUUAUGUCCCUAGUUACAUCGUCCCUGAGUUGGCAGAGCCGUCACUCGUCCCCCACGUGGAGCGGUUGGAGAGGGAGCGGUUCACAAAAACAUGUAUGAAACAUACUGGAGCCGCUCAGUGACGCAUGUACAAGCUGGAGGUAGCGCCUCCCGUCCAUGUGAACACAGAAGUGAGAACAACAAACCCAUUGGGAGUUUUUUCGAAGGUCAUUACUCCACAGUAUAUUUAAGUCAGGUCCAUGUGAUUUUUACUUUAUCAGUAUGAUUUUUGCUUAUGAAGCCUUUAAAGGGAAACAUUAACAAAUCCUCAAAAAUAUAGAAGCUCAAACCAGCGAGCGUCUCACACAUUCAUGACCCUUUUUUUGUUAUUUAUCAUCGUCAUGAAUCCAAUUAGACUACAGGUACAACCCUUAUUGGGUCUUUAAAGGAGCAUGUUUGGUUCUCAGAAGAUGCAUUUUACAUGUUUAAUCACUUCAAGAAGACAAAUCUGUUACAGUACACAAGAGCUCAGGUGGUACAGUGCGACGAAUCUCACAUUUCAACUUAUUUAAAACACAGUUUCUUGACUUUCCUCUGUACUUGUGUGAAUCGUUUUAACUGCAUCACUGUUAUAUAUGUUUGUAGCAAUACAGUAUUGUGUCAGUGCCAAUGAAACAACAUCUGUAGCAAACUCAAAUUCUGAUUUCUUCCUGUUUUUGAAAGGCAGCUUGAGCAGUGUGUUAAAGAGCAGCGGUUAGUUUGUGGUCAGAUUGAUUGAGUCUAUUGUCGACCACAGGCUAGAUUCAAGGCCCGGGGAGGCUGAAAGAAAACCAUGACACACACACUAGAAACAAACAGACGAGAUGCCGUUAAGAAAACGCUUGCUCGCUUGUUCUAUAUUUAAACUGCUAAACACAGUUAUACUCUGUCUCUGUCAGCCUGAAGCUUUGUUUUUCAGAUCAUUCAUCAAACCUUGAAGAUGUCGCUCCUACCUUAGACGUCAAGAUUUAUAGUUUCACACCAAGAGAUUUAAAAAAGAAAAGAAACACAGGAUUAUGUUAGUCAUGUUGAAAAGUGUAAAAAUUAUCUUUAGGGAGAUGUGUGCGUUCUUUGCCGCAGAAGGGCUGAAUCAGAGUAGAGGAGACCUUCGCUCAUGCAACCUCAGUGUUUACCUUACAUUAGAGCAUUGCCAAAACAACAAGAGCUGCAAGGUGAACAGCGCUGCGAUUGAAUAUCACAUGUAGAACUUGAGAGGGAAGUGACCGAAAUGAAUCUCUAAGUGGUCUGUAAACGUGUCACAGCCGGUGUUCAAUAAAUAUCUGUCAUUCAGGAAAAGUGUUGAAUCAGCUAAUGUCCUCGUGGCUCAGCACGUUGACUCGCUGUGUGCAUUUGUCACUGAGAGAGCGAGAGAGAGAGAGAGAGAGAGAGAGAGAGAGAGUCACUGACAGCUACAGCAGUGCUUGGCUCGCUUCCAGAGAGAGGACGACGACGAGGGCUUCUUGUCUGUUUGAGUUAGAGCGCGACUGUCUCUGCAGGUGGAGGCAGACAGGAAACAUUUGACCCCAGUGUCCUGGUUAGGCAUGCAGGAAGAAGAUGUUGAUACAGAGGCAGGAGCUGAUUUACACUUGUGGGUUUUUUUAGUUGUCAUGUUGUCUGCCUUCAAAGCCACAUUAAGAACCAAUUUUUAUUUAGGGGAAAAUUCACACUGAAAAGACAGAUUAGUGUCUUACUGUUGACACAUGAAAUUUAGUCAUAUAUCAUUUGUUUAGUCGGGAAUUGUUAGGAUGAAUAUUUUCCUUUUGUUCGCCUCUAUACCAGUUAAAAAGGCUGUUGAGAGUUUGUGUUCAAUUCACCUUUUGAAUUCAACAGAACAUGAGAGGACAUUUUUUGCCAGAGUUCAUUUCAUGUUUGCUUGUCCGUUCCCUUAGACAAAUGAUCGGACAUCACCUUGUCUGUUUUCAGCCUGCUUAAACCACUACUGCAACUGAUUGUUUACUGAUUCUUUUGACUCUGUUCUCUCUGUUACAUUACGCUAACAAUUAUUUUUAUGAAAAGGGGGGAGUCGGGUGGGGGGGGGGGGUUCAGUGCAA